GCCUGGGUGAUGGAUGGAUGGCUUUGUGCAUCGUUGGUGCCUGGGAGAGCUCUGUGCAGACUCAGGGCAAUGUGGGUUUGUGCAUCGAGUGCGGGCUCUGUGUCCAGAAGUGAGCUGAGUGUGUGCCCGGGCAUGUGUGUCUCCACGCAUCUGUGUGUUACUCUUGCAUGUAGGGUGUGUGUGUGUGUGUGCCUGUGAGCAUCUGUGUUUCUCACAUGUGACAAGUGUGCUAAUGGGAGUGUGUGCUCGACUUUGUGUCAGUCUCCAAGCAUAUGUGUUUCUCUCCAGUGUGACAAGUGUGAGUGUGUCUGGAGGGGUCUAGAUCUAUGGGACUUGGGAAUUAGUCACCUUUGGUGUGAGCGUGUCACUGUGUAGGCCUGUGGGGGGCUGUAUGUGUGUAAAACUGUGUGGGCCUCUGGUGUGUAUGUGCAUGUCACGUGCAAGAAUACACAUAGGUCUACAGGGGUGUGUUCUUGUGUCAGCGCAUGCACUUGCAACUGAAGGGGUCCUUUGUGGGUCUGCAGGUGUGGUGCCCCCGGUGUGUGUGUCUGUCUGUCCCUGCCAGUGUGUGUCUGUGUCUGGUGUGGGAGCGGCACCGCCCACUUCCCCUGCGGGGUGGGAGCCCACAGUGCCCUCCGGGUCUCCUUAGCGGCUGGGGCCUGUAAUUAGCGGCUGGCUUUUGUCUGUGCUAGGCUGGGGCCUCCUCCCUGCACACUGCUGGGCCAGAUGUGCCCGGAGGAGGCCACAGGCACCUCCAGCCUCUGCCUGGCCUCGCACGACCGCAGCCUGGGUGGGGAGACUGGGCUGCCUGGAAGGUGGUGGCCGCUGGUCUCCCCAGGAUCCCGGGAUGGGCCAGAGCCGAGCUUCCGGCCGGCUGUUUGGGAGAGACGUUUCCUGCUCCAGCGCGGCCCCCUCUCCCAGGCUGGCGGCCUCCCUCCUGCCUCCUGGAGGCGGCAGUGGGUGAUGUCCAGGCCUGGGCGUAAGCACAGACAGGGUCACUGACUUGCCACACUGCGCACACACACAGUCCUACCCACCACAGGACGGGUCCCAUUCGGAUGUCACCCACUGGGCUUCCAGAUAGGGAUCCCCUGCCUCCACCUCAUGGUCCCCGGACUUGCUGACUCUCAUGCUCCGCCCUGCCCCCACCAACCACACUGGGCUCUGUCACACUCCCCUCCACGCCUGCCAUGGCCCUGAUGAACACAACCUGCAUGCCCUCUGCACCCCUGUGCCUCCUGCUACAGCCCCUGAACUCUAGACAGCUCAAAACUAAAGGCCAGCUGCCCUCCUCUUCCCUGUCCCCUUCCCACAGAGGAGGCCACUGGCCCAGGGUGCCCUGUGCUGUGAACAGCCAAGGGAAAGAUCCACACACGUGUGUGUUCAACACCACACCACCAACAAAAGCCCCUGAAAGGAGCCAGCGAUGCUGCCCAGGCUGUGAACAGGAAGGCAGCACUGCAGGGGCUGCCAGCAGCCAGCGGGGCUGGGGAGAGACAUGUGGGCUCGUAGCCCCUAUGGCUCCCGCCUGCCAGAUCCUCCGCUGGGCCCUCGCCCUGGGGCUGGGCCUCGCCUUCAAGGUCACCCACGCCUUCCGGUCUCAAGAUGAUUUCCUGUCCAGCUUGGAGAGCUAUGAGAUCGCGUUCCCCACCCGCGUGGACCACAACGGGGCCCUACUGGCCUUCUCGCCGCCUGCCCCCCGGAGGCAGCGCCGGGGCACCACGGCCGAGUCCCGCCUCUUCUACAAAGUGGCUGCCCCCAGCACCCACUUCCUGCUCAACCUGACCCGCAGCCCCCGUCUCCUGGCAGGCCACGUCUCCGUGGAGUACUGGACACGCGAGGGCCUGGCCUGGCAGAGAGCCGCCCGGGCCCACUGCCUCUAUGCCGGGCACCUGCAAGGCCAGGCAGGCACUUCGCAUGUGGCCAUCAGCACCUGCGGUGGCCUGCACGGCCUGAUUGUGGCUGAGGAGGAAGAGUAUCUGAUUGAGCCCCUGCGAGGUGGGUCCAAGGGCCCCCGGGGCCCGGAGGAAAGCGGCCCACAUGUGGUCUACAAGCGCUCCUCUCUCCGCCACCCCCACCUGGACACGGCCUGCGGGGUGCGAGAUGAGAAGCCGUGGAAAGGCCGGCCGUGGUGGCUGCGCACCCUGAAGGCCCCGCCUGCCAGGCCUCCAGGGAACGAGACAGAGCGUGGGCAGCUGGGCCUGAAGCGCUCAGUCAGCCGGGAGCGCUACGUGGAGACCCUGGUGGUGGCAGACAAGAUGAUGGUGGCCUACCACGGGCGCCGAGACGUGGAGCAGUACGUGCUGGCCAUCAUGAACAUUGUUGCCAAACUUUUCCAGGACUCAAGUCUGGGAAACAUCGUCAACAUCCUCGUGACGCGUCUCAUCCUGCUCACGGAGGACCAGCCCACCCUGGAGGUCACGCACCACGCCGGCAAGUCCCUGGACAGCUUCUGUAAGUGGCAAAAAUCCAUCGUGAGUCACAGUGGACACGGGAACGCCAUUCCGGAGAACGGCAUGGCCAACCACGACACAGCGGUGCUCAUCACGCGCUAUGACAUCUGCAUCUAUAAGAACAAGCCCUGUGGCACCCUAGGCCUGGCCCCCGUGGGUGGCAUGUGUGAGCGGGAACGAAGCUGCAGCAUCAAUGAGGACAUCGGCCUGGCCACAGCCUUCACCAUUGCCCACGAGAUCGGGCACACGUUCGGCAUGAACCACGACGGCGUGGGGAACACCUGCGGGGCCCGCGGUCAGGACCCCGCGAAACUGAUGGCCGCCCACAUCACCAUGAAGACCAACCCGUUCGUGUGGUCGAGCUGCAGUCGCGACUAUAUCACCAGCUUUCUGGACUCGGGGCUGGGGCUGUGUCUGAACAACCGGCCUCCGAGACAGGACUUUGUGUACCCCACGGUGGCCCCCGGCCAGGCCUACGACGCGGACGAGCAAUGUCGCUUCCAGCACGGAGUCAAAUCGCGUCAGUGUAAAUACGGGGAGGUCUGCAGUGAGCUCUGGUGCCUGAGCAAGAGCAACCGGUGCAUCACCAACAGCAUCCCGGCGGCCGAGGGCACGCUGUGCCAGACGCACACCAUCGACAAGGGGUGGUGCUACAAGCGGGUUUGUGUCCCCUUCGGCUCGCGGCCAGAAGGCGUGGACGGCGGCUGGGGCCCGUGGACCCCGUGGGGCGACUGCAGUCGGACGUGCGGCGGCGGCGUGUCCUCUUCCAGCCGUCACUGCGACAGUCCCAGGCCGACCAUCGGGGGCAAGUACUGCCUGGGGGAGAGAAGGCGACACCGGUCCUGCAACACCCAAGAUUGUCCCCCGGGCUCCCAGGACUUCCGGGAGAUGCAGUGCUCUGAAUUUGACAGCAUCCCUUUCCGUGGGAAGUUCUACUCAUGGAAGGCGUACCGAGGGGGGGGCGUGAAGGCCUGCUCUCUCACGUGCUUAGCUGAGGGCUUCAACUUCUACACCGAGAGGGCAGCGGCUGUGGUGGACGGGACGCCCUGCCGCCCAGACACGGUGGACAUCUGCGUCAGCGGCGAGUGCAAGCACGUGGGGUGUGACCGGGUCCUGGGCUCCGACCUGCGGGAGGACAAGUGCAGAGUAUGCGGCGGCGACGGCAGCGCCUGUGAGACCAUCGAAGGGGUCUUCAGCCCAGCCCUGGUGGGGGCCGGGUAUGAGGAUGUCGUGUGGAUCCCCAAAGGCUCCGUACACAUUUUCAUCCAGGACCUGAACUUGUCCCUUAGUCGCCUGGCCCUGAAGGGGGACCAGGAGUCCCUGCUGCUAGAGGGACUGCCCGGGACUGCCCAGCCUCACCGCCUGCCGCUGGCUGGAACAACCUUUCACCUGCGACAGGGGCCAGGCCAAACUCAGAGUCUAGAAGCCCUGGGACCCCUUAAUGCGUCUCUCAUCGUCAUGGUGCUGGCCCAGACAGAGCUGCCUGCUCUCCGCUACCGCUUCAACGCACCCAUCGCGCGGGACACGCUGCCCCCUUACUCCUGGCACUACACGCCCUGGACCAAGUGCUCGGCUCAGUGUGCUGGUGGCAGCCAGGUGCAGGUGGUGGAGUGCCGCAACCAGCUGGACAGCUCGGCCGUGGCCCCCCACUACUGCAGUGCCCUCAGCAAACUGCCCAAGAGGCAGCGCGCCUGCAACACGGAGCCCUGCCCGCCCGACUGGGUUGUAGGAAACUGGUCCCGCUGCAGCCGCAGCUGUGACGCGGGCGUGCGCAGCCGCUCCGUCGUGUGCCAACGCCGCGUGUCGGAGGCCGAGGAGAAGGCUCUGGAUGACAGCGCCUGCCCACAGCCGCGCCCGCCGGUGCUGGAGGCCUGCCAUGGCCCAGCCUGCCCUCCCGAGUGGGCAGCCCUGGACUGGUCUGAGUGCACCCCCAGCUGUGGGCCAGGCCUCCGUCACCGCGUGAUCCUCUGCAAGAGCGCAGACCACCGAGCCACCCUGCCCGCUGCGCACUGCCCGCCCGCAGCUAAGCCACCGGCCACCAUGCGAUGCAACCUGCGCCGCUGCCCUCCCGCGCGUUGGGUGGCCAGCGAGUGGGGCGAGUGUUCUGUGCAGUGCGGCCUCGGCCAGCAGCAGCGCUCCGUGCACUGCACCAGCCACACGGGGCAGCCGUCGCGCGAGUGCACCGAGGCCCUGCGGCCAUCUGCCACGCAGCAGUGCGAGGCCAAAUGUGACAGCGCGCCGGCCGGGGACAGCCCUGAAGAAUGCAAGGAUGUGAACAAGGUCGCCUACUGCCCCCUGGUGCUCAAAUUUCAGUUCUGCAGCCGAUCCUACUUCCGCCAGAUGUGCUGCAAGACCUGCCAGGGCCGCUAGGGGGCGCGUGGUGCCUGGAACCGCAGCUGAGUGCAGGCUAAGGGCGGGAGCCAGGAGUGGAGGCUGAGAUGCAGAUACCAGUUAUUUAUUGGGGACCCCUGCAGGGCCCCUGGCUGGGAGGCAGGGAGGGGCUAGCACAUCCAGGGCCCCUCUUCAGCCUCGUGCCCAGCACGUGACCCCCCUCUAGAUGGGUCUGGGGACAGCGAUUAGCAGGGCGCCCCUCGCACCCCAGCCCUAGGGAGUCCCCAGCAGCCCUCCACCCUUUGUUGGAAUCUACUGUGAAGAGUGGGGUGGGGAGGGGGUCUGCCAGUGCUCUGCCCCCAGCACGAACUGACGCCCACUCCGAGCUGGGGAAGGGGCCGUGUCUGCGAUGGGGUAGGGAAGCUGAGCACCACCUCCCUGACCCCCCCAACCUCUGCCCAGCCUGCCCCAGGGGGACCCCAACAUCCGGGCCACCCCCAUCAUGGUGCUACAAGCCCUGCCCUGGGGCCCACACACUCCUCGCGAGAAAGCCCUACAUCAAUAAAGUUCUGUCUCGUGUA